AUGUCUAUUCCUCCUGCCCCUCCCUCGACCGGAUCCUCGUCGAGUCUACCCGAAUCGAGUGGACUGGAGACCAAGUUUGGAAAUUUCAGGUCUACGUCCGAGGCUUCUGCGUUUGAACGAUGGCGCGCGUCGCUUGUGAAUUUUACGGGGCUUGGGUUGUCGGAUGAGGACAAGAUGAAGAGGGACGAGCUUAAGGGGUUGGAGCGUGAAGAAGCGCAAUGGAGGAGAUGCGAGACGUGGAAAAAUGAUUUGAUGAAGAAUAGUCCCGUGGUGGUAUUCAUGCUCAAGCACCUCGCAUUACACAGUACCAACCUCACAUCAGCCCAUAUCCACUGCGCACCAUGCGACCCGUCCCGAGCAGGCGGGUUCUCGCCCGACGCGGGGAUCUUGCUAUGCCAAGACCGGUUCAUGAGCAAGACGCAUAUGCAGGACACGCUGGUACAUGAGAUGGUGCAUGUGUAUGAUCAUGCGCGCUUCAAGGUCGAUUGGAGUAAUUUGAGGCAUCAUGCUUGUUCUGAGGUUGAAUGGGAUGGGGUGCAGAUUCGAGCGGCGAGUUUGAGUGGGGAUUCAACAUCAGGCACGUAUCUCCUCUCCUCGCAUACAUCAGUUAAUCUCAUUUGGGCCACCAUCAAGGCAUGCGCCCGACGCAGAGCAGUACUCUCCGUCAUGGCCAACCCAGCAUGUAAAUCACAAGAAGAGGCCGAGCGGGCUGUAAACGAAGUGUGGGAAAGUUGUUUCAAAGAUACCAGACCAUUUGACGAGGUGCCCGACCCGCCGAGGACCGGUUGUGAUUUGACGGGCCAAGAGGGCUGGAAGGAACUUGGACCGGACCACCAUCCCCACAUUCGUUCCUCCCCCAUCUCGACUGCUCUCGCUCACUCGCAUUAA